GCCUAUAUAUCACUUCUAGAUCUAAUUGGCUUCGGCCAAACCUAAAAAAAUAAAAAGAAAUAUUUGCUUUAGAAUUUAUGUCAAAAAUUAAAAAACCAUUUUCACAUUUUUAACAUUGUGUAAAUCAGAAGCGUCAAUAUAAAUAACAGACCUGAACCAACUACCAAUUAACUAAGAAAUUUGAAGUGCUGGCUAAGAAAUACACAUGGGUGGCUUUUUGGAUAAACCAGAGACCGAUAAGGACUUCGACGUCGGCACAGGAAAUGGUCUACAGUACUGUGUCAGCUCCAUGCAGGGCUGGAGAAUGGAAAUGGAGGACACACAUGCCGCGGCUAUUGGCAUAAAUGAGGCCUUCCCGAGCUGGUCCUACUUUGGGGUCUUCGACGGACAUGCAGGUAAAGCUAUAGCACUGCAGUGCGCAGAAGACUUGCUGAAUACCAUCGUUAAAACCGAUCAGUUUUCAAAAAUGCAAAUCGAAUUGGGGAUACGGACGGGCUUCCUGCGCUUGGACGACGAGAUGCGAAAGGGCGUGGAAAAGACCGGAGGAUCGACGGCAAUAUGUUGUUUCGUUGCCCCGAAGAAAUUAUAUUUUGCAAACUGCGGUGAUUCCCGGGCUGUGUUGUGUCGAAACGGAAGGGCGGCCUUUUCCACUUUCGAUCACAAGCCGACUUCCGCCAUUGAGAAGGAUCGUAUCCAAAAGGCUGGGGGCAGUGUGAUGAUAAAGCGGGUUAAUGGCACCCUGGCCGUUUCUCGUGCCAUGGGAGACUAUGACUUCAAAGGUGAUCUGACCCGCGGAUGCUGCGAGCAGCUGGUAUCACCGGAACCGGAUGUGACGGUGCUUGAGCGCUUAGCCAGCGAUGAGUUCAUUAUUCUCGCCUGCGACGGCAUUUGGGAUGUGAUAUCCAAUGACGACCUCUGCGCCUUUAUCCAUUCCAGACUUUGUAUAUCCUGGGACCUGCCAGAAAUUGUCAAUUCUGUUCUAGACAUUUGUUUGCACAAAGGUAGUCGCGACAAUAUGACCCUUAUGAUAGUGAUUCUGCCCGGAGCACCGACGAUCGAUAAGGAUGCGGUGGCGGCCGAUAAGAAUUUGGAUAACAAUAUUGCCCAAAUGGCUCGGGAAGUCAUGGCCAAAAACGAAAUCUUUGACUACGAAGUGUUGGUGCAUAUUAUGAAAAGAAUGGCUAGCAAUAUUCACAAUUUACCUCCAGGCGGUGGUAUUUUCUCGAAAUAUCACGUUAUUGAGCAAGUCUAUCAGGAGGCGUAUCCUAAUAAGCCACGUGAAUUUCACGACUACUACACCAUCUAAGUUACUAUGUUGAACGCUAAAUUUAUGUUUUUGUUAGAAUAAAAUAAUUUAAAGAGAA